AUGGGAGAGGCUAAAACCAUCUCGCCCGUCGAUGGUGAUGUCCGGGCCGCUUUGCUCCCGGGCCGGCCGGACAACACCCGGGAUGCGGAAUACGGCACUGUUGCGGACUUGGCGGCUGGUUCCGGGAGCGGGGACGUGGACGAGCCGGAGUUGGGUUUGGAUGUUCAGGAUGGCGUCCGGCGUAUUGAGGCGGUGGCCCGGACGUGGUCGAAAUGGGGGCUGGUGGUGGCUUAUUUGAGCAUCUUUCUCAUGGCCUUUACGGUGUCGUUGGAAGGCCAGGUCACCUAUUCCCUGACGGCCUUUGCGGUCAGCUCGUUCAACAACCACUCGCUGCUGUCGACGGUCUUUGUGGUCCAAGGGGUGGUAAACGCCGUUAUCAAACCACCCAUGGCCAAGCUCGCCGAUGUGUUUGGCCGCCUGGAGGCCUUCUGCAUCUCCGUCGUGCUCUGCGUGCUGGGCUACAUCCAAAUGGCCGCCUCGCAGAACGUCCAGACUUACGCGUCCGCCCAGAUCUUCUACUCGGCUGGAUCGACGGGCCUUCAGAUCCUGCAGCAGGUCUUCAUCGCCGAUACCAGCGACUUCCUGAACCGCGCGCUCUUCUCCUCUCUGCCCGAUAGCCCGUUCCUCGUUACCGUGUGGAUCGGCCCGGCCAUCGCUGCUUUCAUCCUCGCCAACUCGACCUGGCGGGUCGGCUACGGGAUCUGGGCGAUUAUCCUCCCGUUUGCGUUUUGCCCCUUGGCCCUGAGUUUGUUCCUCAACGGCCGCAAGGCGGAGAGGAUGGGCCUCAUCAAGAAGCCGAAGCGUAACCACCAAUAUCCCGGAAAACGCGAGCCCUUCAGCACAGCCGUCAACCGCUUGUUCCACGAUCUCGACGUGGGAGGCACCCUGCUCCUCUCGGGCGGCCUCUCGCUAAUCCUAAUCCCUCUCACGCUCGUCUCACGCUCCCCCGCAGGCUGGCACGACCCACGACUGCUCCUCAUGAUGUUCACCGGCGCCGUGCUCCUGGUAUUCUUCCCAGUCUGGGAAUCCCGCGCGCCGCACCCACUCCUCCCUCUCCAGCUGCUUCGGUCUCGGACCUUUUGCGCCGGUUGCGCCCUCGGCUUCUUCUACUUCGCUGUCUUCUACAUCGCCGUCCAGCCCUACUUCUACUCCUACCUCCUCGUCGCCCUGAACCUGCCUGUCUCCCAGGCCGGCCCCAUCACCCAGACCUUCUCCUUCGCCUCUACCAUCGCUGCCCUUUGUGCCUCGCUCAUCAUCCGCCGCCUUGCCUCGCCGCGCCCGAGGCCGUUUAUCAUUACCGGUGCUGUUCUCUACACAUUUGCGAUUGCCGUGCUCCUGCACACCCGCACUCGCGGCGCGUCUGUGUUCGCGCUCGUGUCGGCCCAGACUGCUUUAGGCGCUGGCGCCGGUUUGAUGCAUGUCGCUACGCAGCUGGUCGUCCAGGCUGCUGCUAGCAGUCCUGAUAUCCUUCUUCACCCACGGCGUUCUUCCUCCUCCUCCUCCUCCACCACCACCACCACCUCUCCUCCCCAGCAUCAGCAGCAACAACAACAAUACGUCGGCGUAGCAACCGCCUCCUUCCUAACCCUAGUGCAAGUCGGCGCCGCCGUCGGCUCCGCCCUCUCCGGCGCCAUAUGGGGCCGUCUCGUGCCCGGUAAACUCCACGCUUACUUACCCGACUCGGCGCGCAGCGAAGCAGACAAGAUUUAUGCAAGCGUUGUGGUGGCGUGUAGUUAUGCGUGGGGUAGCCCCGAAAGGGAGGCGAUUGCGAGAUCGUAUCAGGAGACGAUUACGGUUUUGUUGUGGGUGGCGCUUGUGGGGUGUGGGCCGGUCGUGGGGAUGGCUUUGCUUGUGGGGGAGUAUAGGUUGGAUGGGAUUGGGAGAGAUGCUCAUGAUGCUGAGGAGGAUGAUGUGGGCGGGAGUGAGGAUGAGGGGGAUGAUGACGAUGAUGAUAAUGGAGACGAGGACGGGGAGGAAGAUGAUGACAGUGACGGGAUGGGAUACAUGGGCUCACAAGUACGGCUGGUCGGGUCAAGGGAAAGGGAGCGAACCGAGAACAACGACGGGGUAUGGUGGUCGAAAUGGUGGGGACGACCUAAAACGAGGACGGUGUCGGUUUCUGUUUCGAGCGUGCAUAGCUAG